GCUGUGAAAGCAUACCCAGGGUUUCUUAGGCGGUACACACGGCGGCCCCAUAAGAUGAAAGUGAUGAACAAUGAAGAAACGAUAGCAACGGAAAGCCGUUGUUCGAGUCGUGGACUGCUACGGCUGUGAAGUCAUUUGUCUAGUGGCUAGCGCGUGGGGUGCCCGCGUGGGAUUGGCACCUGACGUUGCUCCUUCCCUGCCAGCGAACAAAAGCUAGCCGCGAGACCCCGCGAGACCCUACCUUGUGAACGCCAGAUAAGACAACGUAGUCAAGUGUCGCCAGCGUCAUCACUUCGCUGUCAUGUUGUUAAAUGCAUCUCUCCUCUGUCCUCAUCAUGCAUCACUCACCAGAGCUGGUUGACAGGAGCAGGCACAUUCAUCAGGACCUAUAAGAUGGAUGGAUCAAGGCAAAACUUGUAACGCAGAUCAUUACUUUUUAACGUUCAGAAUAUGACCGGUGCCGACGAUACCUCGCGAACCACACAAAUUAUGCCGAAGCCGCGUUCGACUUUUGCAGUACACACAGCAAGAGACGAUGCUGAAAGCUUAAGCCAGCCUUCUUUCCACCAGGCCUCAUCUCUACGUACCGGGGACAUGUCGCUCCUUCCAUAUAGCAACUUCCAAGAGCUUCAGGAGGCUAUUAGUGAUGGGAUUACGGAAGAGACGGACUUGAACAUCAAAUACACGAAGACGCAGUUCUCUCGAACAUCACACACUGCGCAGUCAAAGUCGUCUAAGGAGCCCUUCAAACCCAGACCUGGAGCCCCCCCGAGACCAGCGGAAUGUACAAACAAGCAAGGCACCUUUUCAAGUAUGUUUGUGACCAUCACAUUCAACGUCUUCAGCAUCUUGGUAUCCUUGUACUUUGGUUCUAUACUAGGUCAAACUGGUAUUAUGGACAUAUUGGGAAUGCUGUGCAUGUACUAUGCCAUCAAUCUCUUGACUACCAUGUUAGUUCCAUCUAUUGCAACUCAUGGCACUGUCAAUGGCAGAGGUGCCUACUAUCUCAUCUCAAGGAGCCUAGGACUUGAAUUUGGCGGAGGUGUGGGGCUCGUCUUUUCCAAGGACAACUUUCUCUGGGUUAAGACUGACUUCCGCUCUGUACGUCUUGCUCAUCCUCGCCCUCGUAGCACCGGUAGGACGCGAAAGAUUAGAUGAGAAUACAAACGUCAAUCAACUUAUAGAUCUUUCAUCCUUCCACACAACAUCCCGAGUCAGAGGCACAUCAUCCGAAUCAUGGUGCAGUAUGGUGUGCUUUGGAAGGCUAUGAGUCUUCCCAACACCUCGAAAAG